AUUUUCAGUGUUCGUUCUAAGACAUCUUAUCGAACAUAUUAUUUCUAUACGGUCGCAAAUUACGGAAACCGAAAAAAGAGUAAAUAAACAAGCGAACCAACAAUUCUUGGCUUACAACAAUUUGUGUAUACUCUAUAAAACUGUGAGUUGAUCUGGAGAAGAUUGAAAAUAUAAUAUAUAUAAAUACGCGAAGAACACAGAAAGAGGCGAGAAGUCGAGAAAAAAGCGAGAGAGAGAGAGAGAGAGACGGGUGUAAUUUUUUUUCCAAAUAAGAGAAACAAAAUCAAAUAUUUUGUUUUUCUUUUCUCGUCAUAUAUUGGAAUGUCAUAACAGUUUCGACUGAAACCGAUCAGAUUAAAUGACCGCAUACGAAGCAAUAACGAUUUACCGAAUCGGGCAACAGCGACUUUGUUCAAAUAAAACACGUAAAAAAUUCAACUCAUUCGCAUAUCGAAUAACAACAAUAACACAUAGAAAAAAUAAUGAGAUCGUCUCAUUCGCCCACAAUACGUUCACGAUACGAUUACUAUUACUCGAGCAUGUCACCCGCAUCAUCGGCGGCCAAUUUUUAUGACAAUCAAAAUCAGAGCUUAUUUGGUGAUCCCGUUCCACCGUCGACCGAUUUUCUCGAAACGUUAGACAAUCAUUUGUAUGGCAGUUUUCGGCGUGGUUCAAACAUAACAUUGCCCAGUAAUGAACGUCCAAACAAUGAUGCGUUCAUCGAUGAUUUUAUGCAUGCACAAAAUAGCGGACAUAAACUGCGUAUGUCGGCCAAACAUCGACAAAAAGAUCGAUCAGCACCGUGUGGCGAUAGUUCAACAACGUUUCGCGAUGAAUUUCGUUUUGAUAAUAAUAACAAACGACGUUCCAGCUCAUCAUAUUCCGAUGAAUUUCGUGCCAAUUUGGAACCAUAUGGAUCUGAAAGUGAAAUUUUGGUCCCGACCGCGCCAAAACGACUUUUUUCCGAAGAACCAAUCAACUAUCGAAACAUUAUUACAAUGCAAUCGAACGAUUCACAAAAUGGUUCGGAUUGGAUACGACCGAAUUUUGUUGACGCCAAUUGGAAAGGAUUUCAACCACGACCGGCUAGCCGAAAUGUUAUGCAUAUCGAUCAUGGCAGCGCAAUGACAGCCAUUAUACCCGAAUCAUCGUCAACGCCAAGCAGUGAUGAUAACAAAUCAUCGAUACGUGGCGGUGUCAAACAAAUUCAAGUUCUUCCAUAUGCAGAUAAUCACAGUCGGCCAGCAACAGUGAUUGGCACACGACCGAAUACAAACGAUUCAUCGUCUGAAGACUAUUUAAGCAGUGCAAGCCCGCCGAAACGUGACGUUAGUCCGGCUAUUAUAACAAAUACAAUAAAUACGGGAUCAGAAUUUCGAUUUCAGCCGAGUCGACUACAUAAAAAGACGUCAUUUACAAUAAUCAAUGAAUUGGAACCGAAUCAAUCGCGACCGGCAAGUCCAUCAGGUGGUCGUGUGUCGCCGUUUCGUGGAAAAGGUUUUCGUGUUGAGUCGAGUAAGCGAUUUUCUCGUCCAACAUCAUGUCCCGAAUCACCGCGAAAUGCAAUGGAAAUGGAUACGAUAUCAUCGUCGCAUGAUGAUUCACAAAUUCACAGUAAGCCGAGUGUACAUUUCAAUAUUAUACCACCGAUACCACGUAAACGAACGGCAAUUCGUGUGAUCGAAGCGCCAAGAAUAGCCGAUGAAAAUGAAAUGUGUGAUGUGAGCUAUAACGAUCGCGAUAUGGAAAGUUUUGAAAUGUUAUCAAGCGGCCAAAUUCGAUCGGGUAAUUCAAGUAGACGUGGUUCGUUGCGUGGCCCAAAACCAUCACCAGCACCACGGCAUCAUAUUCAACGUUCUGCCGAUGAUUUGAUGUUUACUCAACCGAUUGUAAAUCCACGUAGUUAUCAUAAAGGCUUAUUGGGUAUUGUAAGUGGCGGUGGUACAGUUCAACCAUCACGAAUACCACGGCGAAAGAGUAGCGUGUCAACGCCAAAUAUAUCAAGAAACAGUAGCAUAUCGAUGACGAGGCGAAACAGUCGAGUAUCAAGUAGUUCGGAUCGUUUGAACAAUCGACGAGAUAGUUCAUCAUCGCCGAGACGCCGAAGGCCAAGCAAUGAACUUGGUGGAUCAAUGAUUGAUUUAGGCAUGACACCGUCAUCAUCAUUCUUGACACCGUCACGAUCGAUACAACGAAUUUCAAAACCAACCACACUAUCGCCAAUUGUUGGCACACCAAACAAAGACUGUGAAGACGAUUCAUCCCAUUGCGGGAACGAUGGCAUGAAUCGAAUAUAUAGUGGUGGCAUCGAUUCACCGACAAAAAUUCCCAUUCGACGACGAUCGAGUAGCAUAAAUGUGAAUGGUAGCCGUAGUAGUUCAAAGACAAAUUCACGUGAACCAAGUCCAAUGAAAAAAUCGCCAACAAAAAUACCACAAAAAAUUAAUCAAAAAACAUCGUCACCGUCAAAAGGUGCCAAAAUUGAUAAAACGACCAACACAAAAUCCGUUUCCAAUGCGGUACACAAAGAAACGUCCAGCACAAAAAAAGAGCCGGCCAUCAAUCGGGAAAAAUCAAGUGUUAAAAAAGCUCCACCGGCCACAAUAAAACGUGAACCAUCCACAUUGAAGCGACAACCAUCCAAUUUAAAACGUGAAAAUAGCCAACAGAAAUUAAAACGUGAAAAUUCAACAAUUGGCUUAACCGGAUCAUCAGCAACAGCAACAGCAUCCACAUCAUCGAAACCACCACUAGCAUCGAAUAUGAGACCGCCACAGUCAACAUUAGCAAAAAAUCAAUCCGAUUCCAGUCUGGCAAAGCGGCUCGAGAAAAAGAAUAGUUUUAAACAAAAACGUCGCACAAGCUCGGAAUCAGAUGGACUGAAUGAAAUAGACACUGCCAAUUUAAGUGAUAAAUUAAAACCGCUAACAACAAAAACAAAUGGUAUAUCGAUGACCACGGCGGCCGUUACAUCGCAACCCGUUCAAAUAACGACAGCCGUUACGGAUCAUCUCAGUAAGAAAAAUAGUUCUGGCCAAAUAGUCAAUAAUGAUAAUUCAAAUGUAAACAGCGAUAACAAUAAUAAUAACAUAAGUAUCAGUCAUGUAAGCUCGGAUCAAAAAGGUGAAACAAUGGCGACCACCACAACGGGAGACAUGGCUACAGCAGCAACGGGUGAUGCAAUGUCAAUGACUACGGACGCGGCCAGCGCAAAUGGAGACACUAAUGGUAAAUCGGUUGCAGUCAGUGAAAUGAAGCAAGUAAGUGAUAAAAUUGCAUUAGAUGCAAAUGGAAAUGGAAGCGCCAAAAUGGAAAAUCCUGCUGCUGUUUUGGAGAAAAAGUCCAGCACACGAACACUCGGUGGGAAAAGUGAAGCUGGCUCAAGUAUGCUUGGUACACCCAUCGUACCGGAAAGCAUUGAGCGUGAACUCAUCGGAACGCCGAUCGAAACGAAAGUAAACAUCAUUGACAACACAUUAAUUAGCGGUGGCGGUGGCAUAGAUAGCCAAGCGUUGCUAAUGAAAUCCGAUGAUAUUAUAGAAAUGCAAGAAUAUAAAUCGGCAACCGGUGACAUGUCAAGCGAACAUCGAUUGGGUGACAAUUUGGAAAAAGAUAACGGUAUCACGUCACACAUGAGUCCAUCCAUUGGUGCCAAAAAUGAAACGUCGGAAAAUGGUGAUGCGGAAUCGGAUGAGCCGACAACAUGUUGUAAAUUAUGUAAAUGUUGUACACCAUGUUAUGCAUCAGCAUUGUGUUUGCCGUGUCGUCGAUUGAGAAAAUUGUCGUGUUGUAGUAGGCGCACCAAAAGUAUAGCCGAUGAACAGAAAGCGGCUGAAAUCGCAACAUCAAUUUUACAUGAAAACGAAACGAAAGCCACCGAAACUGCUGCUGAUGCUGUUGCCACCGCCGAUUCCUGUUGGAAACGAUUGAAAUGUUGUAAUCGCAAAAGUAAACAAACACAAAAAAAAAUUAUGGACGAAGUAAUAACAAUGGAAGAAGAGUCAAUGCGAAAAGUCAGCAAUACCGCUGCCGCGGCUGUUGAUGUAGCAACAAAAGAACGUGGUAAAUGUGCAUUGUGUUUGGCCAAAGUAUUUUGUUGUCGAAAAACGAACAAAGUACAGACCAGCAUCGACGGAAAUAUGAGUGGAAAUGAAUCAGAUGAUGAGGCACGAUGUUGCUCAUGUUUACCAUGCCGACGUAAAAAGAAAGAGCCGAUGGCAUGGAGCGAACGAAGACAAGACAGUCUAACGAGCACCGAAAAUAUGCCAAAAAAGAGCUGCUGUGCCGUUCUAUGUGAGAAAUUAAUGUGUUGCAAGAAAAAACCGGCGAUUGAAAGUCGUCGCACAAGUAUGAACAGCAAGAAACAGAGCAUAGCACCGACGCUGCCACCAGAGGAUACACGGCCAAAACUUGAUGAAUCACUUGUGGACCAUACAUCACUCAUGAAAGCUGCCAUUCCCGUUUUGCCAGUCGGUUUGGCAUGGUUCUGCCUGAUUUGCAAUUGUUUAAUACCUGGUUCCGGCACACUUUUUUCGGGAAUAUUCUGCCUAUGCUUGGGCAUACCGCGAUUCUCACAACAUGACGGUGCACGUGCACGAAUCGGUUCAUUUUUCGUCAAUUGUAUCGUUGGCAUUGCACAAGCAUUUACACUAAUAUUCUGUCUGGUUGGAUGGGGUUGGUCAAUUUGGUGGGGAAUGAUUAUGCUACGUACAGCAAGAAAACAUCGAAAACUUGUGCAAGCCCAAGAAACUGAUUUGGAAGAGGCACACACCAUUGCAUCACAUUCGACAACUAAUCAAGCGACACAAAACCAGAGGGACAUUGAAGCCGGACGCAAACGAAAUUAAAAGAAAAAAUCAACACAUAACAGUACUUUUUUGUAGCCUUUCAAGGGCUUCAGGGCGUAAAAAUGUUCGGUGUUGGGCUUGUGAAAAUGUACGCAACAGAUAUAAACUUAUCAGACUCAAAGUUAACAAAAAAUUAUAUCGAAUUUCCUUACGAAACAACAAAAUUUAUUGCAAUUUAUUGGAAUAUGAGAAAUGUUUUUAUAAGUUAAAUAUAAGCGAGUUUGAAUUCAUUCAAACCGAAUCGGACAUUCAGGAAAAGAAUGGAAAAACUUUUGGCUAAUUUUUAAUUUCAAGAAACAAAUUGAAAGGUGAAAAAAAAAGAAAAAAUUUGACAGCUUUCCACACAAAUUGACAUAGAUUUCUUAAUGCAAAUUAAGGACAUGUUUCACUAUAAAUAAUAUCAUAGUUUUUUUUGUUCAAAUUCGAACAUUUAAUGAAUAUUUCAAACUUUGUCUGAUUGUGUUAGUGAUGCUGAGAGAAAGAGAGAUAGGAAAAUUGAAAUGACACCGUUGUGAUUUAUAUAGCUGAUCCGUAAAAUAACGAUCUUCCAAAAUGUAUCUUAAUUAUUUGUCCAAUGAAAACUUUCCAGUGUGAAACAAAAAAUGGCGAAACAUAAAACGCAAAAAAAAGCAUUAAUUGAAUUUGUUAUAAGAAGAAUCCAUGAAAAAUCUCUGUUCUCACUACUUCAAGACUGUUGGAAAAUGAAACGGAAAUUAUCUAGAGAGAAUAAAAUAUGAAGCAAAAAAUAGGAUUGAAGUCGUGGAUGAAUUUGCAUUCUCCACGUCCAGUGCUGCCAUCCCUGUUUCCAAUGGAGAGUUUCGACGAACAUUUCUUGUGAACGUCCGCUCGCAAAACAUAUUUUAUUCGGAGUUUCGUUGCAAAAAAAUAUAUUGUGUGAAUUCAUAUUUCGAUUGUAUUUUACAAUCGUCCGAACAGCAUCGACCGAAAAUGAAUCUUAUUCAAUUUCUCUUUUAUUGAAAAAUGAAAUACUUUCCAAUUUGGCCGAAUAUAAAAGUUAUUCCGAAGAUGAAGUAAAAUCUCGCCCGAACUAUCAUUUGAAUAUGAAGGAUAGAAAUUGCAUCCACAGCCUCAUAAAAUCCAGUAAUAAAUUCUUAAAUCGUCCAAACAUUGAAGAUUCACGCACCUCAUAGUGCUUCUAAAUAGUUUUUAUCGAUAAAAUAAACUGAUCAAGCGAAAAAUUAAAGGAAAAAAAUAACAAAUACUUUUGAACAUCCCUUAAUGCUGAUUUCUAACAGAAUCACUUCGUGAAAAUAUUUUCCUAAAUAGAGAGACUAAAAAAAAUAUUUGGCUUCUGUACAUAAGAAAUAACUGUAUGAAAAUGAUGAGACAUUUUGAUUCAAUUUCAAUAAAAACAAACACAAAAAUGUAAAAAAUAAAACAACGUUUCCAAUUAGAAAUUAGGGUGUUGUUUUUUUCCCGGGCAUUUCAAAUGCACAAGAAAAGAAAAACUCUUAACUUUAAAAUAAAAUAGAACAAAAAAAACCUUCUUAUAUUUCUUAAAAAUUAAUCUGUAAUAAUUGCAUUUAGAUUAAGAAUUUUUAUGAUUUGUAACAUAGAUUCAUAAAUAUGGAAUCGAAUAUACGUAUGAGUUAAAUGCAUGCAGCGUUGUCCGUUGAUUUUGUAUUUUAUGAUGGAAGUGAAGAAAAGGAGGAAAAAUAAAAGCGAGAAAGACCAUUUAAAAUUAAAUAAAAAAAUAAAUAAUAAUAAUAAAAUGUUUUGUUGAUUUUUCAAGCCAUCCGCAUCACACAAUCAAUGAAUCAUUCAAAAGGAACUACACAUUAUCUGCAUCGAUAAAAUGCAAUUGUGUGAAUUAAUUCAAAACGUUUAAAUCAUAUCGUUUGCAUUUGACAGAAUAUGUGUGUGUUGUCUUUUGUAACGGAA